AUGCCGGAGCGAGUGCACAUGAGGUUCGACGACUCGGACGAUGACAAAACCGUUGUCAAUAAGCCCACAACUACCACAGUACAACCGCCUAAAAACAAAUCAAAGCCCUUGAAACCCGAUAAAUCUCUCGAAGUAUCGAACAAAAGGCGCAAACGAGAUGAAUCCGGUAGGCAACCGCAGCCGAAGGCGCAUAAUGAAACGAUAGCUGGGCCUAAACUACACGCAGAUUCUGCAUUCAAGAAUAAAACGAACAACAGCAACCCGCAUGCUUUCAAGAAGCAUGUCAAUCGCGCACAACGAGAACAUACUGCAGUAUCGUAUUCACUCAAAGAAAAAGCCAAGACAUUGCUCGAAACUCGCAAAAAGCUACCAAUCUUCCAACAUGCCGACGAAAUACGGCAAAAGUUAAAAGACAAUAAUGUGAUGUUACUUAUUGGUGAAACUGGUAGCGGAAAAAGUACACAAGUACCACAAUUUCUGGUGGAUGAACCAUGGUGUCAGAUGAAGAAGGUGAAAAUUACGAAUACGACGGACAAUGGCAACUUUCAAACGAAGAGUAUACCAGUCGGUGGAUGCGUUGCAAUUACACAACCCAGACGAGUUGCAGCUAUUUCACUAGCAAGACGUGUCGCUGAGGAAAUGGGCACUCCGCUUGGAAAGGCUUCUCCUGCUAGUAAAGUAGGCUACUCAGUCCGAUUCGACACCUCGGUUUCUCCUUCGACGCGUAUCAACUUCUUGACGGAUGGAAUGUUGCUGCAGGAGAUGUUGCAUAAUCCCUGGUUGACCAAAUAUAGCGUAGUCGUUGUUGAUGAGGUUCAUGAAAGAGGCGUCAAUGUGGAUUUGGUUUUGGGCUUCUUGAAGAACAUUCUUUCGAGUAAGGGUGAAGGACGUGGGGGGUUGCCGUUGAAGGUGAUUGUUAUGAGUGCUACGGCAGAUAUGGAAAGUUUACUAGAGUUUUUCGGCCAGGAAGGAGGUUCGGAUCCGAAUUUGAAUGGCGAAUUAACAACGGAGAACGGGCCGAUAUCAAAUAACAAAUCCAAUGCAGUCUCAUCUUGCCACAUCAAAGGCCGCCAAUUCCCCGUUCAGACCAUCUAUUCACCUGCUCCAGUGCAUGAUUUUGUGGAUGCGGCACUCGAAACUAUCUUCACCAUACAUAUCAAAGAACCUAUGCCAGGAGAUAUACUCGUCUUCCUCACUGGGCAGGAAACAGUCGAGAACUUGGAGUAUCUGGUCAAUGAAUACGCCGUCGGAAUGGACCCAUCAUUACCAAAAGUGCUCGCAUUACCAUUAUUCGCAGCACUUCCACAAGCAGCCCAGCAACGAGUCUUUGCACCCGCACCACCACGAACAAGAAAGAUCAUCCUUGCGACCAACAUCGCAGAAACAUCCGUCACCGUCUCCGGUGUCCGAUUUGUGGUUGAUUGCGGUAAGGCGAAAAUGAAACAGUUCCGUUCACGACUUGGUCUGGACUCACUUUUAGUGAAGCCGAUCUCAAAAUCAGCCGCGAUUCAGCGUAAAGGUCGUGCUGGACGAGAAGCACCUGGAAAAUGCUAUCGGCUGUACACAGAAAGGGACUAUUUGGCCUUGGAUGAGGCUAAUACGCCUGAAAUCCUGCGUUCCGAUUUGAGUCAGAGUCUGUUGACUAUGAAAGCUCGUGGAGUGGAUGAUAUUAUGAAUUUCCCUUUUCUUACUCGACCACCACGCGAGGCGUUAGAAAAGGCACUUCUUCAGCUUUUCAAUAUCCAAGCUUUGCAGGAAACUGGCAAGAUUAGUGAUAUUGGAUUGCAGAUUGCGAAAUUGCCUCUCACUCCGCCUCUGGGCCGUGUGCUUCUCGCAGCUGCAGAGCAUGGCCAAAAUUGUCUAUUGGAUGUGAUUGAUAUCAUAUCAAGUCUAAGCGUGGAAAACAUAUUUCUUAACACAACCUCAGAGGAGAAAAAGGACGAAGCAGAGAAAGCUCGGAGGGAUCUUUACAGGAGAGAGGGCGAUCAUUUGACCAUGUUAAUGACUGUGCAAGGGUAUGCAACGGAGAAUGCGGACAGAAAGGCCUGGGCUGAACGGCAUAUGGUUUCUCAUCGGGCCAUGCAGUCUGUUAUGGAUGUCCGUAAACAACUCACUGCUCAAUGCAAACAGGCCAAGCUCCUCACUGACCAAGACGUUUCCAACGAGAAACGGGUCCCUCCCGACGCAUUAGCUACAGUCUCAAUUCUGAAAAGUUUUCUGACAGGUUUUUCAACUAAUACCGCCCGUCUGGUUCCAGAUGGAUCAUAUCGGACAGUUGUGGGUAACCAGACGGUGGCUAUUCAUCCCUCAAGCGUGUUGUUUGGGAAGAGGGUUGAGGCGAUUAUGUAUAAUGAGUUUGUGUUUACAAAUAGGAGUUAUGCGAGAGGGGUUAGUGCGGUGCAGAUGGAUUGGGUUGGGGAGGUGUUGGCUGGAUAGAUGGACUGUGAUAUAUAUUUGAGUCAUCGUAGAGUAGAUAUUUGUACAUAAUCUUACACAUCCAUUCAUCCCGGUCGCCAGACUUAAUAAAUAAUUCAUUCCCAUUGCCGUUUCUUGUACCUAUGAUAAAAUCUCAGAGCAUAGUUAUGCACAAGGUAGGAAAGCACGCUUUCCACGAACCAAACUCAUACCAGUUUCCAACGGAGCCG